AUGUUACUGAGUGUCUUCUUUCUUCCAGGUGCUUUGGCUAAUUCCUGUGGUGAUCUAACACCAGCCCUCAACAUCAUUACACCAAAUAUCACAGAAGCUCUGACUGGAUCUUGUUUGCAAAUCCCAUGUACCUAUGAAACAGAGGAUCCUAGAUAUGACAGCAGUAAAACUAUCUAUGGAGUUUGGUUGAAAGGUGGUGUAAAUUUUGGGGCCAAUCCAAGCAUCAUUAUUUUCAACAGCAGUGGGUCAAUUAACAAAUAUUCACUGAAUAUGACUGGAAACCUGAAAGAGAAAAACUGCACCACUCUGUUUCCUGAUCUACAAACAAGUCAUGCAGACAAAUAUUACUUCAGAGUUGAGAACGGUGACUACAAGGGAACAGCUUGUGCUGAUCCUCUUCAAAUAAAAGUUAAAGAUUCUCCCCAGAGUCCCAGCAUUAAUGUUCCCUCUGACCUGAAGGAGCAUCAGUCUGUCACUGUAACCUGCUCAGCUUUCACUCCCUGUCCACACUCACCUCCUGAUCCCGCCUGGAAUCUCCAACAAGCCUCUCUCAGACAAACAGAGAAAAACACAGAUGGAACCUUUACAACUAAAAUCCAGGAGACCAUCACUCUGUCAGACACACAUGAUGGAUACAACAUCAGAUGUUCUGCCAGAUAUCCUGUGAUUGGAGGAAACAAGACAGCAGAGACAGAAAUGACUCUCAGUGUCUCAUAUGCUCCUAGAAACACUUCAGCAUCCAUCAGUCCAUCAGGUUUGGUGUCAGCAGGUAGCUGGGUGGAGCUGAGCUGCUCCAGCAGAGCCAAACCUCCACCCAGAUUCACCUGGUUCAGGAAUGGCAUAAAAGUGUCUGAAAUACAGAAUUACAACUUCAAUGUCACUGAGGAAGGAGAGUUUUACUGUGUGGCCAAAAACAAUCUGGGAAAUGAAACAUCAUCAAGGAUCUGUGUUAGUAUUAAAGAUUCUCCUUGGAGUCCCAGCAUUAAUGUUCCCUCUGACCUGAAGGAGCAUCAGUCUGUCACUGUAACCUGCUCAGCUCUCACUCCCUGUCCACACUCACCUCCUGAACUCACCUGGACUCUCCAACAAGACUCUCUCAGACAAACAGAGAAAAACACAAAUGGAACCUUUACAAUUAAAAUCCAGGAGAACAUCACUCUGUCAGACACACAUGAUGGAUACAACAUCAGCUGUUCUGCCAGAUAUCCUGUGAUUGGUGGAAGCAAGACAGCAGGGACAGAAGUGACUCUCAGUGUUUCAUAUGCUCCUAGAAACACCUCAGCAUCCAUCAGUUCAUCAGAUUUGGUGUCAGCAGGUAGCUGGGUGGAGCUGAGCUGCUCCAGCAGAGCCAAACCUCCACCCAGAUUCACCUGGUUCAGGAACAGCAAUGAUGGAGCCACUAAUGUGUCUGUGGACCAGGUUUACAACUUCAAUGCUACAGAGGGAGGAGAGUUUCACUGUGUGGCUUCAAAUGAUCUGGGUCAACAAAAAUCCUCUGUGAUCCUUGUCAAUGUUAAUGCCAACAGACACUUUGAGACAGUGGCAAUCGCAGUGGGAAUAUCAAUGGCCGUCCUCGUUAUUGUUUGCCUUGGUGUGUCUUUUUGGUGUUUUAAGUCCAAACAUUCAAAUCUACAACAGACUGAGAGUCAAACAGGCUUUGAUGAUGAUGCUCAGAUGUCAGAAGGCAGCAAAACAGAAGGGGAAGUUAAUUAUGGGGAAAUUAGCUUCAUCAAAAAGACACCUGAAGCUUCCUCUCUGCCAGUGCAGAAGAGUGAAGAGCAGGAGACGGUGUACGCUCAGGUCAAAGUGCCAACGGCGGAAAACUCUUCAGCACAGACCACAGAGAGUCCAGAGGGUCCAGAGGGUCCAGAGGGUCCAGAGAGUCCAGAGAGUCCAGAGGGUCCAGAGAGUCCAGAAGGUCCAGAGAGUCCAGAGGGUCCAGAGGGUCCAGAGAGUCCAGAGGGUCCAGAGCGUCUCUACGCUCAAGUGAAGAAAAAAUAAUGAUUCCUUGUUAAAUAUGAAACACUGAGUUUUAGAUUUUUACAUAAUCAUGUCAAACCUUAAGAGAAUCUGCUUCUCUCAAUCUGUUGAUCCUUUUUGUCACUUUUAAUUAAAUGCUUUUCAUUGACGCAAGAUGAAUGAAUGAAUGAAUGAAUGAAUGAAUGAAUGAAUUAUGUGAUGCAUUCCACCAGGAUCAAAGCUGCUUACAUUCUGUAUUCCUCUGUUUGAAUAAAUCUUAUUAUAUGUUUAUCAAUUAAUGCAACAUAAAUACAAAUUAAUAAGUUAUAUAGACAGGAAAUACUCAUUAUAUGUAGUUGUAAAAAUAAACAGACACAAAUACUCCACAUAUUUUAGAGAAUGUGUCUGUAAAGGAGCAUGAAGAAGUAGAAUUUGUUUAAUCACAAUCCUUCACCUGGUUUAUGGUUAUUAACAUAAAUAAUCUUUUUCCUCUGCACCCUCUGAGUCAAAAAUGCUUCAAAGUCAAAAUUUAAACAAUAUACACAUAACCGUAUCCCCACUCUAUCAGUCAAAGACUUUUGAAUAUUAUGUGCUAAGGAAUUUAGCUUCAUACAUCAGCUGCAAUACUUGAAAUUCUAUCUAAUCUGGCAGUGACUGAAGACAGGAAAUGAUAAGUAAACUAUUAGUUUGGUCAGAAAACCCUUGUGAACCAUUCUGAUGGCUAUUUUCUGAUUUGGGUGUAAUGGUCAAAGUGUUGCCCCAAACUUCAAUACAUCAACAUUCCCAAAAAUUAUAAUCUAAGUAACUUUCUCCACAUUCACAUUAUCUAUAAUUUGUAAUUCUCUAUUACUUUUAUGACUCCCAAAUCACAUAAAUAUGAUUUUAUUUAAAUUAAAAAAUGUAUUAAUAUUAAACCACUUAGUCAGUUCAUCAUUUUUGAAGCCUCACAAAUAUCAGUUCUUGUACAGAAGAUAAACAGUGUUGGUCUCAAUACUGACCCCUGCAGGCCACCAUAAACAUUGUCCAAUCAUGAUGACAAUAAGUCACCCACUUCAUUUGAACAAAUUGUUUCCUUUUGUUGAGCUUUUCAUUCAAUAUAGAACUUCUCCUCUUAUACUAAAGCGCUAGGCUAAAGUUCUUG